AUGACAGCUCCUUCUUCAUCAUCACUAGGAGAGGCCUUCCGGGUUGGUUUCGGGGUUACCGUCGGUGUCCUUUUCCUCGUCGCCAUCUUCAUCGCCGUUUGGUACCUACGCACCCGCCACCUUCCCACCACCGCAAACUACUCCGACGACGAGGAGGACGAGGAGGAAUCCCAUGUCUCCGACGUCGUCGUUGAUGUGGAGGGAAUCGAUGCCGACGCCGUCCUCAGCCGGGGGAUCGACGUCGACGCCGUCCUCAGCCGCUUCCCCAAGUUCGUCUACACGGCCGCCGACAGUACUGAGAGUUCCACGUCGGCAGUGGUGGGGUCCAGCUGCAGCUGCGCGGUCUGCCUGGCGGACUACGCCGACGGCGACGUCCUCCGUCUACUCCCGGAUUGCGGCCACACCUUCCACGCGUCAUGCGUCGAUCCCUGGCUGAUCAAUCACCGCCGGUCCACGUGUCCCAUCUGCCGCCGCCGGUCGGCGGCCAAGGCGGAUGAUGGUUCGGCGGCAGCGGGUGCGAAUAAGGAGCCCAGGACCAGGGCGCCGGAUGAUGUGGCCAGGCCGGUGUCGGCGGCGGUGGCAAUGGAGCCGCAGAGGCAGACGGCGUCGUUUUGGGCCAGCUGGUUUGCGUUGCGCUAG